CGUCACCUCUGUUCUCGUGCAAGGAUAGCUUUUUUCUCGAAGGCAUAUGGACAGUUUGAGCAUCUCCCUCCGGAGCAGGAACACAAGCAAUACCCUGCGGGCCGCCCGAUUGGUUUCACGUCGACGCAAAUAUGCGGAGUCGGCUACCGGACAUGCUUCAGCUCUGGCUGCUACUAUUGACUGCUUCGCUGAACGGCAGAACGCAUGCGACGAGAUUGAAUGUGCCGACCACGGCGGCGGGAGCCUCCAUAGCUCAUCAGCCAAACUACGUCUCCUUCUCCAUCGAGCCCGCCUUUUGGGUGGAAUUCUGGGGCAACGCCAGCCAGCCCAACACUUUCACCUUUGAUGUGCUGCAACUGCUCGUGGAUCGAGGCGGCCAGCCGCAGAUUCGUCCCGGGGGAGAGACGAUGGACAGCAUGAUUUUCGAGCCUUCGGCGGGCAAUGUGCAGCGAGUCACCAGCUCCGAUGGAGGCAUUUACCGCACUGUCGUCGGGCCGGCGUACUAUCAAAGCUGGUCGAAUUUCCCCAGCGUCACCAAGUUUACGUCGACGCUCAACUUUCAAAAUGACAGUCUUGCAAUCGCGCAGGGCCUGGCUGUCGCCUCGGUCAAGUACCAGCCGGAGCGCGUGCAUUAUUUUGAGCUGGGGAAUGAACCGAACAACUACGCCACGGCUGAGUCGAGAUGGGACGACUCGACGCAAGAGUAUGUAAAUCAGUGGCUGAACUGGACGUAUGCCAUUGAUGUUGCGGUGAACAACACGCUUGGAGCGAGCGCGGCGGAGCAACUUGGCAUCUCACGCUGGUGGGGUUCGUCUUCCACCACCGACCCGACUGCACUGCAAGUCCGCCCGGCGAACAUCAUCCCGGACGGUAUCGACUCGGACAACCAGGUUGCGCAGUACUCCAUCCACUCGUACCAAUUCGCGACUUGCAGCCCGGCACAGACGGCGCUGUCUACACUUCCGGACGUACUGAAUCACAGUUCUCUCGUCAGCUACGCCAACUCCCAGAUCCUACCCUCAGCACAAGCAGCACUCAACAGCGGGAGCCAGUGGAUUAUUGGCGAGUACAACUCCGUCGCCUGCUCCGGCUCGGUCAACGUCUCCGACCGCUUCGCCCAAGCCUUGUGGACCGCUGAUACGCAACUGCUCUACGCAUCGAUGAACGCCUCGGCCACAUAUUUGCACCAGGGUGCCACGCUCGUGGAUCAGAGCAGUGACCAAGCCAACUCGGCUGGACCAAACGGCACGCCUAGCUUCAGUCUCUACGAUAUGGUGUAUCCCCGAGACAGCUCUGCACGAGGGCCAGCACGCGCCUUACCCGGCUUCCUGGGUGUGCUGUUCGCGACUGAAGUCUUCUCCACUCCGGGCAUCCGCGUACGAGCACUUGCGGCACCGACAACGGUUGACGAAGACUACUUUGCAGCCUACUCGAUGUAUGCGAACAACGAGAUUCGGAAAGUGGCGGUCCUCAAUAUGCAACCAUACUACGGAAAUGGAAACAACCUCACAGUGUCAGUGCAGCUUCCCAAAUCCCCUCGAGGAUCGGGAAGUCCGCAGGCAUGGUUGAAGCGAAUGAGUUCGCCGUCUGUGAGCGAGACGGACAGCUCGCUCACUACGUGGGCCGGACAGUCGUAUGAACACGGCAAGCCGGUUGGGAAUCUGGACAUUGAAGAGGUGGGAAGCGACGGCAUCAUCACUGUGCGUGGAAGCGAGGCGGUGCUGGUCUUUUACAAUCACAGCGAUGUAUACAUGUAGAGCGCAAUGCAUCCCUCGUUGGCCAUGCUUCCCUAUCGCAGAGGCAAUCUAGACCGUCCG